CUAUCCGGACAAAAAACCAGAGGAGUGGACAACAAAGGCUGAUGGUGAAAUUAGUGAGCUAAAUUUUUCUUUACUCAUAAAAUUGUCAAAACGUUGUCAAUUACACUUUCUAACAGAUGUUGGGUUGUGGUCUUCUGAGUCUGACGACGCCAUUACCUGCCUAACACGUGACCCCAUUUUAUCCAGAAUCAUGAAGCUCCUAGUGACGCUGCUGUAACUUGUUUGUUCUGUUCUUUGGAUCUUCUUUUUUCAUUACAUGUAUUCAUCCAUGAUCCAUGUAUUCAUCCAUGAUCCAUGUCUCUCAUGCUUAUUAUCACUUCUUAAGUUUCUUCAUCUGAGAGUGUAUUUCCAGUCUUUACAAUAAAACUAUAUACCCGUCUUUGGUUUUGAGUUUCUCCUCUAAUGGCUCUUCCAGUGCUUAACAGAGCUGAAAAGCUCAACCCCAUUAUAGAGCUAGGCUACAAUGGAAUUAACUUCCACCAUAGAUGCUUCCUUGAGAAGGGUUUUUCGUCUCAUGGCAGAAUUUACCAGACCAGAAGAUUAAUGCCCAAAUGCAGUUUAUCAUCGUCAAGACCAGCUUCUCAGCCUAGGUUCAUUCAACACAAGAAAGAAGCUUUCUGGUUCUACAGGUUCUUAUCCAUAGUGUAUGAUCAUAUCAUAAAUCCUGGCCACUGGACUAAGGAUAUGAGAGACGAUGCACUUGAGCUAGUUGAGCUAAACAAUAGGAAUUUGACUGUCGUAGAUGUUGGUGGAGGAACUGGGUUUACGACACUUGGGAUAGUUAGGCAUGUUGAUGCUAAAAAUGUUACAAUUCUUGAUCAGUCUCCUCACCAACUUGCCAAGGCUAAGCAGAAGGAACCCUUGAAAGAAUGCAAGAUAAUUGAAGGUGAUGCCGAGGACCUCCCAUUUCCAACUGAUUAUGCUGAUAGAUAUGUUUUAGCUGCGAGUAUUGAGGACUGGCCUGAUCCACAACGUGGGAUCAAAGAAGCAUACAGGGUGUUAAAGAUAGGAGGGACAGCUUGUAUCAUAGGUCCUGUGUACCCAACCUUCUGGCUGUCUCGUUUUUUUGAAGACGUAUGGAUGCUCUUCCCGAAGGAAGAGAAGUACAUUGAGUGGUUUAAAAAAGAUGGUUUCAGUAAUGUUAAAUUGAAAAGAAUUUGUCCAAAAUGGUGUCGUGGUGUUCGUCGUCAUGGAUUGAUUAUGGGUUGCUCUGUGACUGGUGUGAAGCAUUGUUCUGGGGAGUCGGGACUCACCUCUUCAGGUAAAUUGUUUCUUCUUUACAUUAUCAUCAUCAAGCUUGGUCCAAAGGCAGAGGAUGUGAAGAAGCCAGUAAAUCCAUUAACGUUCCUUCUGCGAUUACUUCUCGGUGUAACUGCAACAACUUAUUUUGCGUUGGUUCCAAUUUACAUGUGGAUAAAAGAUAAGAUUGUGCCGAAAGGAAUGCCUAUAUGAAAUGGAUGAAAAUGGAACAUGAUUGAUACUUCCUCUAUAUUCUGGUGACUGCUUGCGGGUAGUUCUUUCUUGGUUUAAUCUGUUUAACAUUUUCUUCCCUUGUUAAUAUGUUAGAUAUUUUGAUUUUGUAUGCUUUGAUUUUCUUGUACAGCAUAUGCUUCAUUAAGGCAAGGAUAAUUUUCCCUGCUUGCUUUA